AUGUCAAUACAUUAUGGUGUUUCAUGUGAUUUAUGUCGAAAAAUAAAUUUUUCUGGUCGACGUUAUAAAUGUUUAAUAUGUAAUGAUUUUGAUUUAUGUGAAAUAUGUUAUGAUAAAAAACACUAUCUAUCUAUUAAAAAACAUUCUAUUCAACAUCCAAUGCAACUUAUAAUAACAAAAAAUGAUUUUGAAUAUAUUUAUUUUGGAUAUAAAUAUAUAGAAUAUUCUUUAUUAUCAUUAACAUGUUGUUAUUGUAAUAAAAAUGGUUUUGAUUUAAAUUUUUUAAUUAAACAUAUUAAUGAUAAACAUAAAUUAUUAAAAUAUUCUGUUUUAUGUCCUAUUUGUUUUAUUCAAGAAAAUAAUCUUAUUGAACAUCUUGAAAAACAACAUAGAAAAGAAAAUUUUAAUAUAAAAACAAAAAUAUUUAAACAAAUAAAAAUUUUUAAUUCUAAUGAAAAAAAAUCUAUUGAACAAUCUUUAUUAAAAAAAUUAAUUAAUAAAUAUCAAAUUAAUAAUAAUAAUGAACAACGAAAUUUAUUUAUACAUUCUUUACUUACUGAUUUAAUUAAGCCAAAAAUCUUUUAA